UUGAUUCGAGCCAUGACGAGACCAUCUAUCUUGACAAAACAUGAAUCCCUCACUGAGCAAGAUGCAUUGGAUAUCGAGCUUGAUGUCAUUCCUCAACUUCAGCGACAACGCGAAACAGACGACUUUAGACGAAAACUGCAGUCAUCUACAUCCCACAUUCGAGAAUUGAUCUCACGCCAUCUACAGAUCCCAGAGUCCGAUUUUGUCCUUGAUAGUCCAUCCGCCUGGAAGGAGGGGUCAUUCAACAUCUGCUUGGGUUUUGAUAUCAAUAAUGAUCGUCAUCCUCAUCUUCCACAGCGAGCACUGAUAAGAUUUCCCCUGCCGUUCAAUAUCGGCGGGAGUUUCGCACCAGGGAUCAUGGACGAGAAGCUUCGCUGCGAGGCUGCCACUUAUAUCUGGGUACGAGAGAACUGCGCCAAUAUUCCCAUACCUCGCCUUCUCGGUAUGGGCUUUCCUGGAUCGCAGACUUUCACCGCCAUCGAGAACGAGACUUUCUUGAAUCGGUUCCGCUGGUAUCUUCGUUACACCUGGAACUGGCUACAUGGAGACAAAACUUCACCUUACUCCACUUAUACGCGAACCAAACUCACGGACGUGGGUUACCUCCUUCUGGAAUGGGUUCCAAACGGAAGAACAGUGACCGACAGCUGGCUACAAAUCGUUCCUGGCAACAAACGUACUGCAAACCUGUACCGCGGCAUUGCACGAAUCAUGCUUGAUUUGGCCAACGUGCCUCUACCAAAGAUAGGCUCGUGGACAAUGGACAACAAAGGAGUCCUGACGCUUACCAACCAACCAUUACUUGAUCUCACCCUGCUCUGGAAUCAGUACAAAGUUCCAACAGGCAUAUCGAGGUCAUCAGGAUCGUCGUAUGACCCAUCAGAUGAAUUCAAUCCUGAGCGUAAACGACGGCGUUCAUCAACUCACAGCAUUGGUCGGCAUGCGAGCUCUUCUACCUCAUUUUUCAACAAAGAGUCCCGCGAAGGCCCAUUCGUGCUUUUCAUGUCUGAUCUACACCCAGGGAACAUUUUUGUUGACGACGACUGGAACAUCGUCAGUAUCAUCGAUCUGGAACUUUGCCCUGCGGCUCCAAUACAGAUGACACAAGUGCCGCACUGGCUUACCGUCAGAGGUGUCGAUCAAAUCACCGGGCCUCAUCUCGAUGUCUACAAGCAACAUUAUGAUAUGUUUGUCAACAUCUUGGAGCAAGAGGAGAAGAACCUGGUGCAAGAUAAUUCCUACAGCCAGCGUCUGCGGCAUGAGUGGGAAACCGGCAGAUUCUGGUAUGUCAUGGCCUUGAGGAGUAUCAAUGCCUUCCCCAGCAUAUUCGAACAACACUUGCAACCAAGAUUCUUCGAAGAAGGAUUUGAGACACAUGUUCAAGGAAAACCAAUCUCGCGACUUUGGUGUGAGGAUGUUGACUCUUUCAUUGUGAAAAAGCUGCAAGACUAUGAAGUUUACAAGGAGAAAGUUCGUAGCAUAUUCGCUGCAGUCAAGACCGAGAACGGAGAUGCAGGUGAAGAAGAGCGAGGAGAGGAACGAAUUGACCAACAAAAGAAGGGAGAGGAAGAAACAAGCCUGGAAAAGAGAGAAGAAGUGGACUCAUCAGUUGACACGCAGCACAAUCCAGAGCAAGAAGCGAUGGAAGCAAUAUAA